AUGGCCGACGGCUUGAACAUGGGUAGCCUUACCCUCAACGAUUCUCAGCAUGCGCCCGCUCCUGGAGGUCCCAACCCCUCUGGUGGAGGCCGCGCUGCCUACAUCCCUCCACACCUCCGUCAGCGCCAAGUUGGUGCAAAAGCGGACGUUGCUCCUCCCCCAGGCCCCGCUGGGGGUUCGUGGGGCGGCCCUAGAGGAGGCCCUCGUGGUGGUAACUGGGCUAAUGCCAACGCUCCUGAUUUCAGUCCCCGUGGUCCCAAUGGUAACACCAACACCGGCUGGAGCGCCACUGAAGGCGGUCGCCCAUCUUUCAACCCAAAUGCUUACGGAAACCCAGGUCACGGAGGCGGCUACGCUGGAGCCUCUGCCCGCGGCUCCGGAGAUGGCCAGUGGCGCGACGGCAAGCAUGUCCCUGGUCCCGCAAACCCCCGUGUGGAACGCGAACUGUUCGGUAUCCCCAACGACCCCUCUAAGCAAAACACUGGCAUCAACUUCGCCAACUACGAUGAUAUCCCCGUUGAGGCUUCCGGCCAUGAUGUCCCUGAACCGGUGAACACGUUCACCAACCCUCCCUUGGAUGACCACUUGAUCUCGAACAUUAGCCUUGCUCGAUACCAGACUCCCACGCCCGUCCAGAAGUACUCGAUUCCCAUUGUGAUGAAUGGCCGUGAUCUUAUGGCUUGCGCUCAGACUGGUUCUGGAAAAACAGGUGGUUUCCUAUUCCCCAUUUUGUCUCAGGCUUACCAAAAUGGCCCUGCGGUUCCCCCUCCUUCAGCGGCUGGUCAAUAUGGCCGCCAGCGUAAGGCAUACCCGACCUCGUUGAUCCUGGCCCCCACUCGUGAGCUUGUUUCUCAAAUAUUUGAUGAGGCCCGGAAAUUCGCCUACCGCUCAUGGGUUCGCCCUUGUGUCGUUUACGGUGGUGCUGAUAUCGGCUCUCAGCUACGUCAGAUUGAGCGUGGCUGUGACCUUCUGGUUGCUACACCCGGUCGUCUCGUCGAUCUCAUCGAGCGAGGCCGUAUCUCUCUGGUCAACAUCAAGUAUUUGAUUCUUGACGAAGCUGACCGCAUGUUGGACAUGGGUUUCGAGCCCCAGAUCCGCCGUAUUGUAGAGGGUGAAGAUAUGCCAAGUGUCAGCGACCGUCAGACACUCAUGUUUUCGGCCACUUUCCCUCGGGAUAUCCAGAUGUUGGCUCGUGACUUCCUAAAGGACUAUGUUUUCUUGUCUGUCGGUCGUGUUGGAUCUACUUCGGAAAACAUCACCCAGAAGGUGGAAUACGUUGAGGAUCACGACAAGCGCUCCGUCCUUUUGGACAUUCUUCACACUCACGGCACCACUGGUCUGACCCUCAUCUUCGUUGAGACCAAGCGUAUGGCGGAUGCCCUGUCGGACUUCCUUAUCAACCAGCGUUUCCCUGCCACUGCAAUUCACGGUGACCGCACCCAGCGUGAGCGUGAGCGUGCCUUAGAGAUGUUCCGCUCUGGUCGCUACCCAAUCCUUGUUGCCACAGCUGUUGCUGCCCGUGGUCUUGAUAUCCCGAACGUCACCCACGUUAUCAACUAUGAUCUUCCCACCGACAUUGACGAUUAUGUCCACCGCAUUGGCCGUACCGGUCGUGCCGGUAACACCGGUAUUGCCACUGCUUUCUUCAACCGUGGCAACCGCGGUGUUGUCCGUGACCUGAUUGAUCUUCUCAAGGAAGCUCAUCAGGAAGUACCCUCAUUCUUGGAGAGCAUCGCUCGUGAAGGUAGCGGAUAUGGUGGCCGUGGAGGCCGGGGAGGUCGCGGCCGCGGCGCCAACGCCACGCGCGACAUGCGUCGUGUGGGUGGUGGUAUGGGCGGUCCUCCUUCCUAUGGCGGCGGUGGCUUCGGCGCCCCUGCUGGCGGUUAUGGUGGUGGCUUCGGCGGCGCUCCUUCUUAUGGUGGCGGCUACGGCGGCGGCUACGGUGGGGGUGGUGGUGGCUACGGCAACCCCUCCGGUCCUACCGGGCCUUCUUCCUGGUGGCUGACAUUGAACGGGAUCUCUCUUAUUAUGAUCAUUACUCGGAUCAGUGGAGGGUUGGAAGCUGCGUUGCUGGCGGUAUUCCUCUCUCACGCUUCUUCAAGCUCUUUUCAGUUCCCCUUCCAUCCUUUUAUCUCCUUCCGUCUCAUCCCGCACAUCUCUUUCUUUUUUCCUUCCCUUCCCUUUCUCCUCUGCUUUACACUCGCCGCUGUCAUUCUCAUUUCAUUUAUUCAUCUAGCGACUCGAUCUACUUCUUCCGCCAUUAUAGCUUCUCACAUUUCUGCCCUCGCCGGCGUGGACGAUUCGUUCGCGCAAUCCGAAACCCAUGAUGAACAGCAAAUCCACAACAUGACGGUCGGCACGAGACGCCAACCAAAUGGCACAAUAGGAUCGGUCUAUUCAGGGAACAAAAUCAGACAUUUGAAGAAAGAAGACGGCAUUCCCCUUUGGCGCAAAGACAUUCAGUUCCAGUUCCUCAAGCUUGUCUUUGAAGACAAGACGCAGGUCUUCACCCGUUGGCCCGAUGGAGAGAAAAACCUGGAUUUUGCGGAUAUCUAUAUUGAUGCUAUGGCUAGGAGCAGCAAAACCAGCAAGAUCCUUAAGGACAAGCUGCAGAGCGACAAACAGGCUGCUAUCAGCAUGGCCAUGGUUUGUCUGCUGGUCAACUUUGGAAGGAUGAACACAACGCUCAAUUUCUUCCCCGAAAUGCGUGCUCAGCUCCGAACCUACCACUCCAUCCCUUCCUUACAAGCGCACCAAGAUCCCAACGCCUAUAAACAACUACAGGAUGCUCCCCGCCUCAAAUCCAUCCUGAAGGGUGCUUCGGAAGAUGUGGAUCAACCAAAUACUCUCGAUAAGAUCAAACGCGAAAACAUCCCCCGUACGAACCCGGUGAACCUGAUAUUCGUCCUUGCGCAAUACGCACCAAAAGUGUCCGAGAUGCACUUCUUCCCUCCCCGAGAUUUCUUUGAUCUUGUCAUGCGAUCCACGUUGAGCAGUCAAACCCGGGCGAAGGCUUUCCUAUGGCUCAUGUGGUGGUAUCUGGAGAGUGACUUCUCGCAUGAGGCUGCCCUCAAUAACCCCUUCGGCCCGGGCCUAGAAGGUGAAGGAACAGGAGGCUUGCCGAUUAAAGUUCCCUCUUUCGAUAUCCUCACCGAAGAGCAGGCGAACGAGGAGAACGUUGACACCCCGUCUGAAAUUGAGUAUGGGGAGGAGAAACGACUAGAGCGCAAGAGGAUCUUAGAGGAGGAGGAGCCAACUCCAAGAGCACCGAAGCGCCCUAAAAAAUGUAAGAAUUCAUUUACUAAAACCUUGAAAGGCACUAAAAUUCAUGGCCGUCAAUAUAACGCCAAGGGAGAUGCAUACAGGGCUGGGACAGACUCAGAUGACCUUAUUGAGUGGCGAAACCCUGAUGGGUCAAUCCGCUCUACGAUGAAGAUGCCUAGAGAGGAGGAUUAUGGUUACCAGGGUGCCGUUAUCGAAGGCCCGUCGCCUCGCGUUGUCCUGAGGACAAAAGCGGAGCAGACACCCGAUGCCUCCCCCGCACCCCCGGGAACUGGCCAUCCCGUCCUGAACCGAUUUGUCACAGAAGCCUCCCCACAUCAUCAGGGUUCAAGUCGACGGCCCCGGCCGCUUACCCAGCACCAAUUGGCUGUUGAGAGGAACCGUCGGCAGCGAAUUGAAUACAUCUUAGCCAAACGGAAAGGUGACGCAUAUCGUAUGCUUCGGUCGAAGAGAGCGCACGAGAUGCCUUUUACCCGCUAUGGUCGUCUACUGCAGAAUCUGCCCGAUGGUUAUGACACGGAAGAUGAUAAGUCCUGGGGCAAGGGAGGACUUCUACCGAAUCCGGAAGAAGAAGAGGACUUUGGCGAAUGUGCAAGUUAUUACUUGUCAGUCAUCCGGAAAGCUUCCAGACGUUUGGACCGAUGGGACUACGAGAAUGCGAAUGGGCCAAGAAGAGACCGGAAGAAGGAGCGGGAAGAGCGCCAGAAAGCAAGAGAGGAGGCCCUUGUCUUUGACGACGACAUCGACGGGAAGACUUCUUCUCGAAGUAGAGCUCGGGCGCAGCGCAACGCUAAGCGCAAGCUCGCUCGAGCUGCCGCUGCGGCUGGGGGCACUAUUCCAUCGGUGGCAGCUUCGAAGACAAGCGCAUCUCGUUCGAAAGGCAAUCGGAACAGGGCCCAAAAGGGUGCGGCAGCAGUCUCCCUUGGUGCAAGUGCGGGAUUGGACACUCCAAGCCGGGAGGGGGCACUGUCGCCUGCUCCUGAAGGAGAAGAGGGUCUCGACGAUAUUGAUCGGGAGCUUCUGGGCGAAGGUAGUGCUGACGAGGAUGAUAUUCCAUCCCGUGGACUCGAGGUCUCGGGGGCCGGUGUGGCAGGGUACGAGGAUAGCUUCUUAGGCGGGGAUGCUGACGAAGACGCCGACGCUUUGUCUUCUGACGAAGAAGAUGAGGAUGGAGAAGACGAGGAUCUUGAUGACGGCGAUGUUGACAUGGACGUCGAGGGCGAGGCAGACGAUAAUUCGUCCAUGCCCGAUGGUCCAGCGCGAUACGCUGCUAGUGACGCUUCUGGGGUCGACAUGGCAAACGACUACUAG